AAUAGGAUAGCUCAGGAAACAAUCCUUUUCAAAGAUGAACAAAUAAGGGAGGCCCAGGCUUGGAUUACUCGUGUUCAAGAAGUCGAUGCCUUGCAGCAAGCUGAAUUACGGGAGCGCGCAGAGCAAUAUAACCAGCUUUGGCUUGGCUGUCAAAGACAGUUUGGUGAGAUGGAGCGCAUGCAUAUGCACAUGCAGCAGCUCCAACUUGAAUUGGCUGAGGCAAGAGGUGGAACUUACUCUGAUGGUUCACAAGUCUCCAAACUGAAUUCUAAAGAUGCUAGUCAUCUUGGGCAGAGCAAUGGUAGCCAACUUAAUGCUAGUGGAAGCAGUACACCUGGUGAAAAUACGAUGGGCCUGCAAAAUGGAAAUGUUGAAAAUGCUCCAUCGUUUACUUCAACUGGGAAUGUGUCAACUCAGUCGGAUCAAGUCCAUGGUAUGGCAGUUGCUCCUACGUCCUUGCUUGGGAUGACAACCUACCUCCCACCAGGACAGAUUACCGCUCUGCAUCCAUACGUGAUGCAUCAACAGGGGAUUCCUCCUCCUUUACCAUCACAUGUUCCUCAAUCUCAUGUUGGACAUUUUCACUCAGUUCCAGCAGUGUCAUCUCUUCAGCAUUGGCCAAACCAACAGGCUGUAACAGAGGAUUCACAGAUCUCUAGUCACAAUCAGUACUCGUUGCAACCUCAAUCAACCUUGCCAGGAUCAGAUUCUCAGUAUGAUCAUGAAGCAACUGUCAAUGGGCAAACUCUUCGUUCUGAUUAUGGGGAUGGCAACAUGAACCAAGGAAGUGAAAUUCAGGAUCCAGUGGUUCCAGCUUCGAGUGAAGAGGAACAGGAACUUCAGUCUGUGGAUAAGAAUUACCUCUCCCGCAUCCAGACUCAGCAGACUUUGCAUCAGAUUUCUUCACAAUUCAAUGGUGCUUUAACAUUGGAUUCUCAUCAACAUGACAAUGAGACAGAGGUGAAGAAUGUCAACUCUUCAGCUAAUUACAUGUUAGAGUCUCAAGGUUUAAGAAUGGGGGAAUUUAGUGCAAAUGUCGAUAAAUCAUCAGCUGAAGUUCCAUAUACUGCAAAUAAUUCAACUGAAUCAGUGACGGAUACCAUGUCAGGCGCUGUUUUAACUGAAACAUAUGUUGCUGGGGGACAGAAGAAUGCAUACGCUGUUGUCAGACCAGGAGAGGUUAAUCUCCUGGAUGAAAAAGCAUUGCUGGCUUGCAUAGUCCGCACUAUUCCACCUGGUUCUGGCGGUAGAAUCAGGAUUAGUUCUACGCUUCCUAAUAGACUUGGUAAAAUGCUUGCCCCAUUGCACUGGCAUGACUACAAAAAGAAGUAUGGGAAACUUGAUGAAUUUGUUGCAAACCAUCCUGAAUUAUUUGUAAUUGAUGGAGACUUCAUUCAACUUCGAGAAGGUGCUCAAGAAAUUAUAGCAGCCACAGCGGCUGCUGCUAAAGUGGCUGCUGCAGCUGCAGCACCAUCGUCAUACUCCUCUCUUUUGCCUCCUAUUGCUGUCACCCCUAUGCCACAAAGUCACCGUUUGAAGAGGGUACCAUCAGUUGAACCAGCAUCUGAGAAGGCGAUUUUCAAAGACUAUGCUGUCAUCAGACCAGCAAAUUCUAAUGACAACAUUCAAAGUCAGAUUUCUAAUGGUGCCUCUUUCAACGUUACUGGAGGCAUCUCAAAUGUUAAAAUUUUGACAAAGCCAAGAGACCAGAUGGAUCUAAACUUAUCUGAAUCGAGGGCUGCCUCAUCUGUACGAUUGACCAGCGGGAAUGGAACUAAUGCUGACAAAAAUGACAUGGGUAGCUCACAAAACAAGGUUUCAUCUCAUGGGAGGCCUGGUGUAAAUUUAGUCAGUAAACAGGGCAGGAAUGUUGGGAUUUCAUCAGGCUCUAGAAGAUAAAUAUUGGAUGCUGAUGAGUAUGGCUGGACAGAUAUUGGAUGCUGAUGGGUGUGGCAGGACAGAUAUUGGAUGCUGAGGGGUGUGGCAGGACAGAUAUUAGAUGCUUAUGGGUAUGGCUUAUCAUUUAAAUUUGAAAUUAUUCAAAGGGAUAAUUUUAUUUAGUUUCAAAUUGGAAUACACUGUAAUGUUUCCUUUCACAUCUAAGUGGAAACAGUUGUUCAUCUAAGUAUACAUCCUCGGUUUUGCUGCUUCUUGGCCA